AUGAAGGCUGUGGGACUCCUCGCUGCGGGCAGCAGUAACGGGCCUCUACAGGAGCUGAAGAAGAAGGCAAAGGCGAAAAAGGAUAAAUCAGCAGAUGGGGUGGAGGACACCAGAAGCAGCAAGCGCGAUCCCGUGAAGGAGUACAUGGAGCAGCAGUUCUACAAACAGUUUUUGCCCAAGAGAGACUUUAAUUCCCGAAUCCGUAAACUUGCACUGGACAAGGAUACCUUGAGGCGCGCCCAAGGAAAUUCAAAGAAGGAGGUCUUCAUUGCAGCAGCUGACCGCCUCGGCACUCAUAACGGUCCUGUCUCAUUUGCACGCCCUGUAGUUCCCGCUCGCCCACCUUUAGCAGCUGUGUACAAAGGGGCAGGAGCGGGGCGUUGCUGGCUUUUGUGUGUUUCUGAGUCUUAUUUAGAGAAUACGGAACAAUAA